AUGGAGUCUGAAAGUGUCGUUUCUCCGCCGACGAUGUCGGAGAACAUAGACGUUCUUGAUCUCUCGCCCGAGGAAUCCGAAAAUGUUCAUGUUUUAGCCGUUGAUGACAGCAUCGUUGAUCGCAAGGUCAUUGAAAGUUUGCUCAAAGUCUUACCUUGUAAAGUUACUACCGUGGAUAGUGGACUCAGCGCACUGCAAUUUCUUGGACUAGAGAACCAGGAAAUGCGCAAUGAUUUUGUCCAAGUGGAUCUAAUUAUCACGGAUUAUUGUAUGCCCGGAAUGAAUGGUUAUGAACUGCUCAAGAAAAUUAAGGAAUCGUCCACUUUCAGAGAAAUUCCUGUGGUGAUUAUGUCCUCUGAAAACAUUCUUCCGCGCAUAGACAGUUGCUUGAAGGAAGGUGCAAAGGAAUUCAUAGUGAAGCCUGUGAAAUUAUCUGACGUGAAACGUUUGAGAAAUUACAUGACAACAGACAGAGCAUGUGGCAGUGGCGGUGGAAUCAACAAAAGGAAGCUUCCAGACAUCUCUGAUGUGUCUUCAUUACCGCCGUCUGAUUCCUCGUCGACAAUUUCAUCACCACCGUCACCUUCUUCUCCAUCACCUUCAUUGUCACCCUCCUCCGUGAUUGACUCUCCAAUCAGACGGCUCAAAAUGACCAGCACUGAUUGAUCAUCUGCAAUUUCUUUUUUCCUAUCAUCAUAUCACUGUUUUUUUUGUUUUUGUUUGGUUUUUUUUCACAUAUGGGGUUCAAACUGCAAUUACACUCCCGUUAUUUGCAACGGUUUUUGUUGCACUA